AUGAAGGGCAUUCCUCCGUGGUCGCCGCGGGCACGCGGCUCUUCCUCGACGGGGAGAGAUAGCCACGCUCGAUGGCAUCCCUUGCCGCAUGGGGUCGCACUCCAAUACAACGAGUGCCAGGCAGCCCUCAUCGCUUUCAUGCCAAUGGGUAUUACCGAUCGGCAGGAAGAAGGGUACUACGGUACGCCUGCCGGCGAGUCCCGUUUCACUAUCCUGGACUCUCACAAACAACAGGGGAAAGACGCGCAGCGGCACAGUCCCCUGCUCAGUGCCUCGAAUCGCCGAUCCCACUCCGCUCGAUCUUACCCGAGUUGGACCUCCAACACCGCCCAGCCGGCGAAGCGAUCCAUCGCGCAUUGGAAGGAAGAGCCAACCGCUCCCGGGGUCCUUCUGAGCGCCGUCUUCAGCGCCAGUCGACGGGAAACACAGAAGAAAAAGGAGUUCCCGAGCGGAACCGGGUGGUGUUUCGGCGCACAGGUCACAGCAACCAACGCAGGAUUUCGUCCUAGUGUCGUGCUAGUGGUGCCCUGGACGAGAAAUUACCUGAGCCUGUGCAACCAACGCUUCUGCGUGCAGUACCAACAGGCAAGUUUGUUGCACCGUUGCCACGGCCUGUACGGAUUACCACCAAAAGCCUUCUCGGCGCCGGAGCCUCCCGCGCAACCCAGACCCUUCGGGAUCUCCAAUCUCUUUCGUCAAGGCAGAUUUCGAAUCCCAAAACGUUUCCUGACGGGACGCCAGCGAACGCCGAACUUUUCUGCCACCGCAUCCCUCGACAUCAGCCGCUCGUGA